GAAAAAUGCUCGUACCGAGGCAAAGAAAAGCGCUACUUAAAAAACCACACACUUGUCCGCCACUCCAUCGAUCAAAACAUCAAGUGGCACCAAUGUCACCAGUGCCCCUACAAAACCAAGCACCGAGACCGCUUAAAAACUCACAUAAUCGCCCACCAUUUGGCCGAGCGCGAUAUUAAAUGGCACCAAUGCCAGAAAUGCCCGUACAAAGCUAAACUUAAAGCGACUUUGAAAGAUCAUGUCACUGCCCGCCAUUUGGACGAAAGCAACAUUAAAUGGCACGAAUGCGACAAGUGCCCGUUCAAAACCAAAAGAAGCUCGAAUUUAAAGCAACACGUGAAUUCGCGCCAUUUGCUUGGGAUGGAUAUUAAAUGGUACGAGUGUGACAAGUGUCCGUAUAAAGCUAAACAGUAGCAUGGUUUGAAGAGUCACGUGAUUACGCACCAUUUGGACGUGGGGGAUAUUAAAUGGUACGAGUGCCAGAAGUGUCCGUACAAAGCUAAAUUGAAGACGACUUUGAAGGACCACGUGGUGGCGCGACAUCUGGACGAGGAAAAUAUUAAGUGGUACGGGUGUGAAAAGUGUCCUUUUAAAACUAAAACUAAAUCGAAUUUGAAACAGCACGUAAAUGCGCGACAUUUAAAUGAGAAGGAUGUGAAGUGGUAUGAAUGCAAAGAGUGUCCCUAUAGAGCUAAGCAACGGACUAAUUUGCAGACUCACGUAAAAGCACGCCAUUCAGAUAAACAAGAAAACAAAUAAUUGUAUUGUGUGUUGCAUAUGCACAACUUUGAGGUUAUGUUUUUUCAAACAAGAUUUUAAAAUUUUUGAUAAAAUUUAAGAGAUUGUGGCACAAUUCUUGUCACAGCACUUUCGCACGACUUAAUUCACCCAUUUGAGUUACCACUACUCUUAAUCGCUGAAUCGAAACCAAAUGUAUUGAUCCAAAUAUAAUUUUGAGCCAAACCAGGAUGUCGAUUCUGGAAUACUCGUCCCCCACAUCAUUUUUUCUCAACGUGAACCAUUUUAAUUGUAUGACCACCUCUAUUGAAAUUUACUUCUGCAAAGACUGCAACUUCAGCACCGAAUUGACAAUUUUGUUCAAAAAACACGCAAAAAGACAUAAAAACCCAUCAAAUGAAGACUACACCACCAUCCAAAAAUAUAUUUGUGAAAAGUGUGGGUUUAAAACGCACUUCUCACUUGUGUGGUUGAAACACAGCCAAAAUUGUUUGAAAAACAAAAAGACGUGGUAUAAGUGUGACCAGUGCAAGAACCAAUACCGAUACGAAACCGGUUUGAGGAGGCACAAAGCCUCAAAACACUCAAUCCAUGAAAUAAUUUGGUACGAAUGUGAAAACUGCCCAUACAAAGCUAAAGAAAAACGCUAUUUAAAAAGACACAUAAACUCGCACCAUUUUGACGAUCAAAAUAUGGAACUGUUCAGAUGCAUGCUGUGUCCAUAUAAAGCUAAAUUUAAUUCGACUUUAAGAUCUCACGUGAUGACGCGCCAUCUAACCAAGCAAAACAUCAAAUGGCACGAAUGCCAGAAAUGUCCAUACAAAACUAAAAGAAGCUCCAAUUUAAAGCAGCACAUAAAUUCGCGCCAUUUGGACGGGCAGGAUGUUAAAUGGUACGAGUGUGACACUUGUUCAUACAAAGCUAAACAGAAACGUUGCUUGAAAAGUCACAUAAUCACGCACCAUUUGGACGAACAAGAUAUUAAAUGGUACGAAUGCCAGAAGUGUCCAUACAAAGCUAAAUUGAAGACGACUUUGCGGGAUCACGCGAUUGCGCGCCACUUGGACGAGGAAAAUAUCAGAUGGUACAAAUGCGAGAAGUGUUCGUUUAAAACCAAAGCCAAGUCCAACUUGAAACAGCACGUAAAUGCGCGCCAUUUGGACGAAAAAGACAUUAAAUGGUAUGAAUGCAAAGAGUGUCCGUACAAAGCUAAACAGCGCGCUAAUUUGAGGAGCCACGUAAAAGCACGGCAUUUGAAUAAAUUAAAUUAA